AUAAAACAUAAUAUAUAUUUCAAACAAAAAUGGCAACUUUAUUACAACGGGGCCUGCGAUACGCAGCUUCAAAUAAACUGCUGGAGAAAGGUAUUAUUUCAGUUUUACGUUUUGAAGUAAUACCAGAGAAGAAAAACAUUGUGCAACCAGCAAAUCAUAGAUUCAAGUACAACGGAAUCAUUCGGUGCAUGCACAGUAAAAGAGGCCUGCAUUAUACGGGAACCUCGACGUUUAUAGACGAGCAACAAGAAAGCGAUAGCGAUUCGGACAACGAGCAAGAGAAAGGUCAAUCACAUUUUUGGAGAAGAAAAAUGCGAACUCUGCAUAGUCAUUUAGAUGUUAACAAAGAUGGUGUUAUUAGUUACGAUGACUUUAUGUUACUUGGCGACCGAUUUUGCGAUUUAGGACACUUAUCUCUAAAAGCCAAAGCUGAAUUUAAAAAUGUAUUGAACGAAAUGUGGAUGGAACAGUGGGGAGAGAUUAGUCCAUAUAAUCUCGUAUGUGUUGAAAAAUAUUUAGAAGAAAUGCAACAUGUUCUUAAUGACUCAUCAUUAAAAAAGAAGUGUCAUCAUUUCUUGCCAUAUUUAUUCAAAGCAGUGGACAAAGAUCAAAGUGGUGAAAUUUCUGUACAAGAAUUUAAAUUAUUUUUCCAGUGCUUAGGUCUCACACAUGAAGACGCAGUUGUUGCCUUCAGUCACAUUGAUAGUAAUGACGAUGGAAAAAUUAGUUUCGAAGAAUUUAUAACUUUAGGACGUGAAUUUUUCAUUUCAGAAGAUCCAACAAAGCCCAGUAAAUAUUUUUGGGGGCCGUUAGUUGAUUAAACUUCUUAUUGCAAUCCUGUGACUUGUGAUACUAAAAUAUCGUAUACCAAUUAUAUUUACCAUAAUAUAUAAGGUUUGAACUUUAAUUAUAAGACAGAUAAUUUAUAGGUUUUAAACAUAAGUUUUCUACAAGUUACUGAAAGCACAAUGUACGUAUUUCUAGUUCCUUUUAAAUAUAAUUAAAGAAAAAAAAUGAUAAAAGAUAUAAAUAUAUAUCAAACA